GAGAAUAUUCUACGAGCCGGAGACGACGCGACUUUCUUUGUUCAACUCGCGCACCACCUCGAUAAGUUCUUACAACACAACCUUGUAUCGCAAAUUUUCCGGGACGUCGAGAAUUAUGGCGAGCUCUCAAGAUACCACUAAAUGGACGGCCCCGGUGGUCAGGAAACAAUUCUUGAGCUUUUUUGAGAAGAAUGCUCAUUCUGUUGUACCAUCGUCUUCUGUGGUCCCUCACAAUGAUCCCACUCUCCUCUUUACGAAUGCUGGUAUGAACCAGUUCAAGCCGAUUUUCCUCGGCACGGUGGGCAAGACCGAUGAUAUGGCACAGUUGAAGAGAGCGGUGGAUACACAGAAGUGUAUUCGUGCUGGAGGAAAACAUAACGAUCUCGAUGAUGUUGGAAAAGACAGUUAUCAUCAUACCUUCUUCGAGAUGUUGGGAAAUUGGUCGUUUGGCGAUUACUUCAAGGCAGAUGCUAUUGGAAUGGCAUGGGAGUUGCUCACAAAGGUCUACGGGUUAGAUUCAGAUCGCUUAUACGUCACAUAUUUCGAAGGAGAUGCAGAGAAUAAUGUACCAGCAGAUACUGAGGCCAAAAACUUAUGGUUGAAGGCUGGAGUCAAGGAGGAUCACAUCUUGACAGGAAACAUGAAAGAUAAUUUCUGGGAAAUGGGAGAGACAGGACCAUGUGGACCUUGUAGUGAAAUCCAUUACGACAGAAUCGGGGGAGGGCGCAAUGCUGCUCACCUUGUUAAUCAAGAUGACCCCAACGUAUUGGAGAUCUGGAACAUCGUAUUUAUCCAAUUCGAUCGCCAGAAGGAUAGAUCUUUGAAGACUCUGCCAGCUAAGCAUAUUGAUACUGGUAUGGGUUACGAACGUUUAGUUUCGGUGUUGCAAGACAAAUCAUCGAAUUACGACACAGAUGUGUUCUCGCCAUUAUUCGCCAAGAUUCAAGAGGUUACAAAUGCCAGACCUUAUACCGACAAAUAUGGAAAGGAUGAUACUGAUGGGAUUGAUACUGCUUAUCGUGUUGUUGCUGACCAUAUUCGCUUACUUACUUUCGCUAUUUCAGAUGGAGGUGUUCCCAACAACGAGGGACGUGGUUAUGUUGUUCGUCGGGUCUUGAGAAGAGGAUCUCGUUAUGCUCGAAAAUACUUUAAUGCUGAAAUUGGCAGCUUUUUCUCCAAGAUUUUGCCAGCUCUUGUUGAACAAAUGGGCGAGCAAUUUCCCGAAAUUGUGAAAAAGCAACAAGAUGUGAAGGAAAUCUUAGAUGAAGAGGAAGAGGCUUUCGCUAGAACAUUAGAUCGUGGUGAGAAGAUGUUCGAGAAAUAUGCCGCUCAAGCCAUCAAGACGAACACCAAGAAGCUUUCUGGUGCAGAUGUAUGGAGAUUAUACGACACCUUUGGUUUUCCAGAAGAUUUGACCAAGAUCAUGGCGGAAGAACGUGGUCUUGAGACAGAUGAAGGAGAAAUCGAAAUUGCAAAGGAGAAGGCAAGGGAGGCCAGUAAAUCCGUUAAGGAAGCUGCCCACACUUUCGCCAAAUUGGACGUUCAUCAAAUUGCCGAGCUCGACAACAUGGGUAUUCCUCGACCCAAUGAUGAUGCUAAGUUUUCAAAGGGCGAUUCAACUGGCAAGAUCCAACUCAUUUAUGAUGGCAAGAACUUCCUUAAGAGCACCGCGGAUUUGCCUAAUGAUAAGCCAUUUGGUAUUCUGUUAGAUAAGACAAACUUCUACGCUGAACAAGGUGGGCAAGUUUUCGAUACCGGAAAAAUCAUAAUUGAUGGUGUUGCGGAAUUUAAAGUCCUUGAUACUCAAGCAUAUGGUGGAUACAUUGUUCACAAUGGUUACAUGGACUAUGGAGACUUCAAGGCUGGUGAUGAAGUUAUUUGCGAAUACGACGAAUUAAGGAGACAACCUAUCCGCAAUAACCAUACCGGUACCCACAUCCUCAAUCAUGCAUUGAGGGAGCACUUAGGUGAAGAUAUCAACCAAAAGGGAUCACUUGUUGACCAAGAGAAAUUACGAUUUGAUUUCUCGCAUAAAGCUCAAGUCACACUACCUGAACUCAAGAAGGUUGAAGAUUCUGCAAAUUCUUACAUUAAGCAAAAUUGCAAAAUUUACUCGAAAGACGUUGAUCUUGAUAUCGCAAAGGGCAUUGAAGGUGUACGUGCUGUCUUCGGCGAAACAUACCCAAACCCCGUCCGAGUGGUCUCUGUUGGUGUCGAAGUUGACGUUCUGCUUGCCGAACCUAAGAAUCCAGAAUGGCGAAAGGUCAGUGUUGAAUUCUGCGGUGGAACUCAUGUCGACCAAACCGGCAUUAUCAAGGACCUCGUUAUUGUCGAGGAGAGCGGUAUUGCUAAAGGAAUCCGAAGAAUCAUUGCUUAUACUGGUGAUGCCGCGCAUGAGGUACAAAGAAUUGCCAUGGAAUUUGGCAAACGUAUCGCAGCUUUGGAUGCUAUGCCUCACGGCGUCGAGAAGGAACAAGAGGUCAAAUCAACACAGAAUGACUUGAACCACCUCACUAUUUCCGUACUUGCUAAGGAGGACCUAAAGAAGAAAUUCACUAAGGUUCAAAAGGAUGUUCUUGAUGAGCAAAAGAAGAAGCAAAAGGCCGAAUCCAAGACUGCUUUGGAUACUGUUACUGCUUAUUUUGCUGAUUCAAAGAACAAAGACAGCACCGCGUAUAUCGCACAAUUGCCAAUCUCUGCAAAUUCCAAGGCUAUUGCUGAUGUCAUGAACCAUUUCAAGUCCAAGGCAAAGGAUAAGACGGUUUAUCUUUUUGGGGGAAGUGCUAGUGAAGGUGCUGUUGUGCACGGAGUAUAUGUCGGUACAGAUGCUGCUUCUAAGGGCGUGAGUGCGGAGCAAUGGGCCGCAGCAGUCUCUGAGGUUGUAGGAGGUCGAUCCGGUGGCAAGGAGCCAACUCGCACUGGUCAAGGUACUAACCCUGAUAAAAUUGAGGAUGCAGUGGCUGUUGCCGAGAAAUGGUUUGCCGAGAAGUUGAAGCUUUGAGAAUUAUACCCCGGCCCAACAGGAUUAUCUUAGAGCAGAAGCUACUUUUUUUUUAACAUUUAGACGUCAGUCUGGUUUUUAGGAGCAAAGUACUACUUGCAGUGGCUCGUCUCAAGUAAAUAUUGUAUUUUGAGCAUCGAUCUCGAUUAGUUGACCAAUGACGAAGUAUGGGUGAGCCAAUGAGUUUGACUCUAAUCCACCAGUUCUUCGUUACACUGCUUAGGCUAUGUGAUUUCCGUGAUUUCUCUUUCACAAGGAGGAGCUAUAAGUUGGUUCUCGUGUGCUUUAUCGUUCAGCUUCGUUGCGUUCUGAUUCACAAGAGCGUUUGGUUUCUUUUUUUCGAUGUUCAUAUCGAGAAUUUCCCGGGUAUGAUCAACGAUAUGGAUAGGGCAGCCAUUUAACUCUCAGCCUCAUAAUCAAGAAGAGGAGGGGCAACUACCAAGCAGGUGUCCAGAUACGCCUUCCAUUUUUGAAUUCAGAGAAUUUCCUUUGAAACA